UAAAAUAAUAAAAUGAUACAAUCUUCUACAUGUUUGUAAUAUUUAAAGAGUAUUGUAGAGUAUUGAAAAUAGGAUGUUUGGAUUGAUGUUGACUUGUACUACUUGUUCGUUUCGUGGAAAUAAUUUUGUUAAAAUCGAGCAAGUAGUAUCAAACACAAUCAAUACGAGUUUAAAUGUAGCACAAUAUAGAAGGGGGUGGGUGUUUGGGCAUCAGACUCACGAGAUGGCAUUGAAAACGGUAUAUGGACAAAUAUAUUAUGCUUUCAUGCGACAUUCCACUCUAUAUAAUCCUCUUUCUUAUUUCUUUGUUACAAUUGUCAUAUUUACAUUUUUGUAUUGUCAAGACUUGUUUAGUAAUAUAAUUCUUUUCGUAUAAUUGUUGUUUGUAACAGUGUAGUUGGAAGUAUGGCUAAAACUAAAACAAUUAGCAAAGGAUGUCCCAAAUGCGAACAACAGGUACCAGUUGCUUGUAAAGCCUGUCCAUGCGGACAUUCCUUUUUCAAUGCUCGACGUAAUUCAAUUAAAAGUCCACCCAGUCCUGAUGGUGGAGUGAUGAAGACCAGGAGGACAAAUCGUAUUAAACGGGAGAAGCCGAAUUAUUACGAUGCUUUAGAAUAUGACAAACAAACAAAAAAAAGUGCUAAGAUUAGACGAACGACAGAUACUGUAGAGGAUAUUGAUUGUCGCCAGUUGAACAAGAAAAAGAAGAGGAAAGGAAAGGGAAAGGGCAAAAGUGGCAGCAAUAGCGGUAUGGGCGAUGAUGAUGAUGAAAUGGAUGGUAUUAAUGGAUUGUCUCCAGAAAAGCAGCUCACGUGUUCGCUCAUAUUGCAAGAACUGAAUAAUAAGAUGAGAGUGGUAGCUUGGAAGCCUACAUGAAGUCUACAAUAAGUAGAGACAUGCGUAUUCUGUUUAAUGCUCUGGACGAUUAUCCAACAUGAUUACUUUAUGUGCAGUGGCAAAGUGCAAGAGAAACAAAGUUGGUUAAAGUAAACAGUAUGGUGCAUCUUUCAGAUUGAUUUCCCACAGCAUCAGAAAUAGAUAUCAUUGAGAUCACAUCAAUUUCAAAUCCUGUAUGAAAAUAAUUGACUGCCAUAAAAAUCUCUGACUUAUAUAUAUCGCGAUAUUAUUGUGAGUUAUUCUUUAUUGUGAUUAUUUUGAAAAUUAUGAAAAAGUUGUAUUGAGGCUUGUGUACAUAUAGAUUUGCAAUUCUAGGUUAUUUUGUUUCUUAUUUGAAUACAUGUAUUAUACAUAUUCGUGUCUCACAUAUGUGAUUAUUUAAUAUCUAAUCUACAGAAUUAUAUGUUUGAUAUGAAGAUAUAUCGAAUUGUCAUAUUAUUUAUAAUGAUGGAUUUAUAAUUGAAAUGUCACAUUUAGCGCUUAAUAUGGAAUAUAAAUACAGACUUUACACUAACGGA